AUGAAAUGUCAGUUUCAUUCCAUUCACCUAUUUAAAAAAGUAUUUAUUGAGGGCCUUGUCCAGAAACUCUGCUAAGCCUGGGAUACUGGCUGGCCAAGACCAAUGAGGGCUCCUACUCCCAGGGAACUUGAAGUCUGAGUUAAAUCAUUAGAAGAGUGAUGAUAUCUCUGCAUACUCCCUUGCUCGGUUCUUCAUUGAGCCAUGCACGUGGAUGUAUCAGUUAGGGUGCUUUGAGUUGUAAGGGACAGAAAACCUAGUUCAAACUGGAUAACUGAUAGGAGCAGUUGAGUGAUUCACAUAGGGGAUAGGUUUCAGGCACACUUUGAUCAGGGCUCCGGCUUCAUUUCUUGGUGAUUCUCUGGGCUCCGCACUUGUGUCUGUUGGCUUUGUUCUCAGGUUGACUCCCUUCAUAGUGGUGAGAGGGCUGCUAGCAGCUUUGUUCAUCGCUAGCAGACAUCAGGAAGAGAACAGGUGUGUUCCAGGAGUGUAGAGGAGAGCUGUCCAAUGUGGUGACCUGGCUGCUGGUACCUCUCAGACCACAUGCUUGUUGGAUCACAUCCAGGGGAGGAAGAGCUACCAUCUCUCCCAGGGCCACUGAAGAAAAUUUCUGAGCUUCCCUCUGAUGGGAUCAUCUCAGGACGCCUCCAUCUCAAUCCAUCAUGGUGGCAGAGGAAAUGGGAUAACACUGAUUGGCUUAGACCAGUCAGGACUCAUCAUCCCUGGAACUGACAAAUGAGGACCGAAUGACUGAAGGAUGCUGCUUGGUGGGAAGAAUAGAAUGGAUGCUGAAGACACAGCUACAGUCCAUAAGGGGAUAGAAGGACAAGAACAGAAUCACCAGCACUGGCUGAAGCUUUCUUUCAGUAGGAGAGAUGCCCAGCCUACAGAGUCUGAGAAGGAAAUUUAUAAUCAGGUGAAUGUAGUAUUAAAAGAUGCAGAAGGUAUCUUGGAGGAUUUGCAAUCAUAUAGAGGAGCUGGCCAUGAAAUACGAGAGGCAAUCCAGCAUCCAGCAGAUGAGAAGUUGCAAGAGAAGGCUUGGGGUGCAGUUGUCCCACUAGUAGGCAAAUUAAAGACAUUUUAUGAAUUUUCUCAGAGGUUAGAAGCAGCACUAAGAGGUCUUCUGGGAGCCUUGACAAGUACCCCAUACUCUCCCACGCAGCAUCUAGAGCGAGAGCAGGCUCUUGCCAAACAGUUUGCAGAGAUUCUUCAUUUCACACUCCGAUUCGAUGAGCUCAAGAUGACAAAUCCCGCCAUACAGAAUGAUUUCAGCUAUUACAGAAGAACGUUGAGUCGUAUGAGGAUUAAUAACGUUCCAGCAGAAGGAGAAAAUGAAGUAAAUAAUGAAUUGGCAAAUCGAAUGUCUUUGUUUUAUGCUGAGGCAACCCCAAUGCUGAAAACCUUAAGUGAUGCCACGACAAAAUUUGUAUCAGAGAAUAAAAAUUUACCAAUAGAAAAUACCACAGAUUGUCUAAGCACCAUGGCUAGUGUAUGCAGAGUCAUGCUCGAAACACCGGAAUACAGAAGCAGAUUUACAAAUGAAGAGACGGUGUCAUUCUGCUUGAGGGUAAUGGUGGGUGUCAUAAUACUCUAUGACCACGUACAUCCAGUGGGAGCAUUUGCCAAAACUUCAAAGAUUGAUAUGAAAGGUUGUAUCAAAGUUCUUAAGGACCAACCUCCAAAUAGUGUAGAAGGUCUUCUAAAUGCUCUCAGGUACACAACAAAACAUUUGAAUGAUGAGACUACCUCCAAGCAAAUCAAGUCCAUGCUGCAGUAACAGCCGUGGAGUGCGCACCUGCUGUGGAUGGAAGACAGUAUUCUGCAGUGACUGGGAAUGCUCAGUUUUUAGUGAUUACAAUUACUAUCUCAUGUACUCUUGCUUUUUAUUUCUUGCCUCUGUUCCUCUUCCCUCUUUUUUAAUCAUGUUCUCGUUCUUAAGACUUCUUUUCUGUGCCAAAAUCAGUAAAGUUAUACUCUGAAGGGAUAUUGUCCUUUCAAACGGGCCAUCUAAGGCAGCUAAUUAUGCAUUGCAUUGGGGUCUCUACUGAGAAAAAUUGUGACUUGAACUAAAUAUUUUUAAAUGUGGAUUUUUUUUGAAAACUAAUAUUUAAUAUUGCUUCUCCUGCAUGGCAAAACUGCCUAUUCUGCUAUUUAAAAACCCUCAAUGACUUUAUUUUCUACUGCCGCUUUUUUCAUGUGCAGCCAAAAUGAAAAUGUUUAAAUUAACUUGUGUUGUACAAAUGGUACCCAACACAAACUUUUUUUAAAUUAGUAAGACUUUUGUUUAAAGUUUUAAGUUUGCAUUUGACUUUUUUUGUAAGGAUGUAUGUUGUGUGUUUAACCUUUAUUAACUAACGUUAAAAACUGUGAUGUGUGCGUAGAAUAUUACGUAUGCAUGUUCAUGUUUAAAGAAUGGCUGUUGAUGAUAAAAUAAAAAUCAGCUUUCAUUUUUCUAAGUGUG